AUGGGAAACACCAAUGGCCUUGGUGCCUUAAUGGUGCUGUUCGUCGCCGUUGACGCCUAUUAUUAUGCGGCGAAGCCCAUUUAUUCUUCGAGGUUGAUUCACAAGUUUUCAGAUGAGCCCCGGAAUUUGAGGGUACCCAAAGUCGCGAGAAGGGACGAAACGACGCCGUGGCCUGAUAACAAGACGUUUGGGCACAUGAGAGCUCUUUUGGGCCACAACUUGAACUCCACAAACAAUCUAAUGCUAGUAAAAGGAUACAGUUCACUCGAGGAACAGAACUUUCCCUCCAUAAAAGUUGUGUUCUCCAAGAAUCAGAGCUUUUUAAUUGAAAAUCCUAUGUUCCACAAUGCUGAUGAUCAGGUGGGUGAAGACAUUAUCGAUAACAGUGGUGAACCUCCAGGUGACGACACAUCACCAAACCCUUUGCUAAACGAGACUCGGAAUGUUCCACCAGCUGUACCGGUAGAGCAACUCGAGAACCUUCUAGAGCUUCUGCACUUCUCAGAUUUUAUCGGUAUCGUGCUGUAAUUUGUUUGUCUUUACUACUUCGGACUGCUCAUGCUUGGCCUGACUUAUUUUGAAAGGAUGGGUUUUUUUAACAGUGGGUGUAUCUAUUAAUAGUGUCGGUUUUUAGUUCGAAACCUUAGUUUAACCGCGCUGUACAUCAGCUAGUACUUAGCAUAUACCUUAAUGGAUGAGAUGUUAGAUAAACUGGAAUGUAUUUAUUUAUUUAUUUAUUU